AUGAGCAACCGCGCCGGCGCCUAUGGCGCUUCAAGUGGAAACGACACCUCCUUCCGCAAAACCUGGGACCGCGACGAGUACGCCGCCAAAGCCGCCUCGCGCGACAAAAAACUGCAAGAAGAGGGCAAAGCCCGCCAUGAAGCCAAACUCGCCGGCAAGAAAUACAUCCGCCGCGCCUCAACGCCCCCCGAUGCCCGGGAGACGGAAGCCCGCAAAGCGCGCCUCAACGUCGCAGACCAAGUCGGCAAAACCCAGCUCGUGCCCGCCGGCGCAACACAAGGCAAACGAGGCAAAGGCGCGGGGUUCUACUGCGAUGCGUGCGAUUUGACGUAUAAGGAUAAUCUGCAGUUCGUGGAGCAUUUGAACAGUAAACAACACUUGGUGAAUACGGGGGAGACGGGCGAGGUACGCCGGUCGACGCUGGAGGAGGUGGAAGAAAGAUUUGAAUGGUUGAAGCGAAAGAGGCAGGAUGAGAAGGCGAGGGAGGUGGUGGAUUUGGGGAGUCGGAUUGAGGUUGCGCGGGAGGUGGAGGAAAGGGAGAGGGAGGAGAAGAGGAGGAAGCGGAAUGAGAAGAGGCGGAAGACGAAGGAUGGGGUUGGGGUGCAGGAGGUGCAGGUGGAGAACGAUGGGGUGAUUUGCUAG